GACGUCAUCCAACAAUCUGCCACCCGACCCGCGCAACUCCAACGCUUCCGGCACCAGGACUGACAUCAAGAACGAUCAAGCACCGACCAUUGCGCCAGCAACCAGCGUUGUAUCCCGAUCACCUUGAACAAUUCUUUCCUUUGUAACCCCCUUAUCGUCAAAUCCCUCUUUCAGUCCGUGUCACCUUUCUGUCCAGCCAUUCCCUGUGGCUUGUUUCAGGGUGGAUCAGUCAGAAGAUCAAAAAGCCAGAAGGCUUCGAUCAUCAUCAGCUACAUAUACAGGACCAAGACGCCGAAGAUUCCACUUCGCAUGCUUCCCUGGCCAUUAGCCGAUAUCAUUUAGUGACGACGUCGACGAUCCUUGAAGCAUCUGCCAAGCGUUUACUGUGCUUGGAUUCCUGUCCCUUUUUCCCUACAGUUCGCAAUCUCGUUUGCGACUUGCUGUUUUUUGAUUACGCGACAACUCGAACAGAACGAAAAGCCUCCUGUCUUGAUAUCGCAACUGUCUGGGCUUGUCCGAGCUACCUACAUCUAUCUGUUUCAGCUACUUGAGCCAUUAUACCUGAUAUAUCGCGGACAGAAAAGCAUCACCUUCCGUGUCAUGGCCGACGACACAGACAACCCACCAAACAUCCAAAUACCAGCAAAGUCGUAUGGUUUCCCGCCAGAAGCCUUUGACCCCAGACGGCUUCCCGACUAUGAUACCAAUUUUCUACCCGCUCACGACCUCGAAGCUUUUAUCCAAGCCCUCGCGGCGCCCGACUUCGUCCAAUCACCAGACGAUGCAUCAUCUAUGCGUCUCAACAGCCCAGGUCUCCAUAGCCCCAGCAGUCUAGACAUUACCAAGGAUGACUACGAUCAUUCCGAAGCGCGCGCAGCCCUUGCCUCCGUUGCCGAUGUAGCUGCUCCUGGAGGAGGUAAUAACCACCAUCGCCGCACCAGCACGGGUACCUUCUUCAGCGCGCACAACGAUUGGGCACCGGUGAGUGAAAAGGUGAUCAAGACCGAUAGAGACGAGAAGCGCAACAAGCGCGGCAAGGAUCGCAAAAACAAGAAGCCGCGCAAGGGCGUGGCGCCUCUGCGCACUCUGGUCGGGACCCGGUCAAAGGACGAGACCCGAGAGGGCUACCUGUAUAGCCUGCUGAAGUGGCCCUUCUUACUAUUUGUUAGUUUUUGGAUCGUUGGAUUGGGCAUGGCCUACCUCGCCACCCGCUUUUACAUCUACUUCUACGAGCAGUUCGUCGCAUGGCGUGGGAGGCGGGAGCAGCUGCGGCGGGCGAUGCGAGCGACGGGUAACUACAAGGACUGGGUGGCGGCGGCGCGGAACAUGGACGACUUCUUUGGGAACCAGCGGUGGAAGGAGGAGAACGAUUUUGCCUACUACGACAGCAAGACUGUGAGGAGGGUGUGGGAUCAAAUGAGGAGGUGCAGGGAAAAGGCGGAGGAGGUUGAGAGGGAGCUGGAGAGCCAAAGCCAGAACAGCGAUAGUGGCGUUGCAUCUGGCGAAGAGACCAGCAACACCAAGGCUGGCGGCGGCAACAAUGGCAAUGACAAGAAAACGCAGCCGGUAGAGGAUCUGAAGGCGCUCAUUGAGGCCUGUGUCAAGAAUAACUUUGUGGGUAUCGAGAACCCGCGGCUAUAUAGUCAGACGUACUAUGGGACCAAGAACCUGGUGCAGAACUACGUUGAUGAAGUGGAACGAAGCAUCAAGUUCUUGAUCGACACCAAGCAGUUGACCAAGGAGCAGAAAAGGGUCAUGUUCAAGGGUAUCUGCGCCAACUACGGCCGAACAGCUCUUUGCCUCUCCGGCGGCGCAACGUUUGCCUACUAUCACUUCGGUGUCGUCAAGGCCCUGCUUGAAGUGGACUAUCUUCCCGACAUCAUUACCGGAACCAGCGGCGGCGCCCUCGUGGCUGCCCUCGUAGCUACCCGCACCAACGACGAACUCAAGGAACUCCUCAACCCAGCCCUGGCCCACAAAAUCACCGCCUGCCGCGAGUCCUUUACCGUCUGGUUCUGGCGCUGGUGGAAGACGGGCGCGCGCUUCGACUCGGUCGACUGGGCCAAGCAAUGCGCCUGGUGGUGUCACGGCAGCCUGACCUUCCGCGAAGCCUACGAGCGCACCGGUCGCAUCCUCAACGUCUCGUGCGUGCCUUCCGACCCUCACUCCCCCACCAUCCUCUGCAACUACCUCACCUCGCCGGACUGCGUCAUCUGGUCGGCCGUCCUCGCCUCCGCCGCCGUCCCGGGUAUUCUCAACCCCGUAGUCCUGAUGAUGAAAAACCGCGACGGAUCCCUCGAACCCUACUCCUUUGGACACAAAUGGAAGGACGGCAGCCUGCGGACCGACAUCCCCAUCAAGUCUUUGAACCUACACUUCAACGUCAACUUCUCCAUCGUCUCGCAGGUGAACCCGCACAUCAACCUCUUCUUCUUCUCCUCGCGCGGGUCCGUCGGCCAGCCCGUAACCCACCGCAAAGGCCGCGGCUGGCGCGGCGGCUACCUCGGCUCCGCUACCGAGCAGUACAUCAAGCUCGACCUGACCAAGUGGCUGCGCGUGCUACGCCAGUUGGAACUCCUCCCGCGCCCGCUGGGUCAGGACUGGAGCCAGCUGUGGCUGCAGACGUUUGGUGGAACAGUGACUAUCUGGCCCAAGAGCAUCCCCAGCGACUUUUUGAAGAUCCUCAGCGAUCCGGACCCGCCGAGGUUGGCGAGAAUGAUCCACGAAGGCCAGCAGAGCGCGUUUCCCAAGGUCAAGUUUAUUGCGAACAGACUCAAAAUUGAAAGGCUGGUGGAGCGCGGAAGGAGGGAGACGAGGGAUCGGAGGAACGCCGCGAACGCCUUUACUGCUACGGGCGAUGGGGAGGGAAGCUAUGCUUCCCAUAGCAUUGUUGAUGCGAUGGGUGGUAAACAUCCUCUUGCGCCAAGCAGCUCGGGUGGGGCGGGUGAUAGGAGGGGAAGCAUUGAGAGUAUCUUGAGUGAGGAUGAUUUGAGGAGUUUGUUGAUUAAGGGGCGGGAAGGGGUGCAUACGAGUGGGGGAAGCAGUACGGGUACGGAGGAUGAGUUGACCAUGACGGAGUUGGAGGGGGAGGACGACGACGGGGGAACGAGUAGGGUGAGUGAGGGGGGAAGUAGAAAUAGGUACUUUGAGGGAGCUCUGGAGGAGGAGGAUGGGGCGUUGGAGGUGGCUGCUUCUGAUCAUUCGAGAACUUAACCUAGUACAUAGGUGGUCAUUGACCUGAUACUCUGAUGGAGUUGAACUGGAAGUGAAAGUGGUUUAGAGUUGUAAACAGCCGGGAAUGCAUUAGAGCGAGUCUUACACCAUUACUGCACAUACUCAUAUGAACAUAUCUUAGACAGAACGCAUAUUACGGCUGAAGCAUUGCAUCAAAUCAUGAUUCUUGU